CCAGCAACCUCUCUUUUGCUCUCCGCUUCCUGGCCCGUUGCUCGCCCGCUGGGAGCGUGGUGGAGCCCAGUGCUGGGCGCGAGCCCGGCGGGGCCGCAGGCUCUGCCCUGCUCCGCCCCGCCCCGCCUGGGCUCGAGGGAAAGGCCGCCGCGGGGACAUGUCGUGGCCCCCUCAGCGAGGGCAGGAGAGCGUGCAAGGCAGCGCGGCUGCCAGAGAGCAAAAUGUCAUCAGUGGAAUCACACCAGGAACAGUUGUCCCAGUCAGAUCCAUCUCCAUCACCAAACUCAUGUAGUUCCUUUGAGCUAAUAGACAUGGAUGCUGGCGGUUUGUAUGAACCAGUUUCUCCUCACUGGUUUUAUUGUAAAAUAAUAGAUUCUAAGGAGGCGUGGAUUCCUUUCAAUUCUGAGGAUUCACAGCAGUUGGAAGAGGCAUAUGGCUCUGGAAAAGAUUGUAAUGGGAGAGUUGUCCCCACUGACGGGGGCAGAUAUGAUGUUCAUUUGGGGGAGAGGAUGCGGUAUGCUGUAUACUGGGAUGAGCUAGCAUCGGAAGUGAGACGAUGUACCUGGUUUUACAAGGGAGACAAAGAUAAUAAGUAUGUUCCCUACUCGGAGAGCUUCAGCCAAGUAUUAGAGGAAACUUACAUGCUUGCUGUAACUCUGGAUGAAUGGAAAAAGAAACUGGAGUCUCCCAAUAGAGAAAUUAUUAUAUUACACAAUCCAAAGCUUAUGGUGCAUUACCAGCCAGUUGCAGGGUCUGAUGAAUGGGGUUCAACACCCACUGAGCAGGGUCGACCAAGAACAGUGAAGAGAGGAGUUGAGAACAUCUCUGUUGACAUUCAUUGUGGGGAACCUUUACAAAUAGAUCACUUGGUUUUUGUAGUCCAUGGGAUUGGACCAGCUUGUGAUCUCCGCUUUCGAAGCAUUGUGCAGUGUGUUAAUGAUUUUCGCAGUGUUUCCUUGAACCUGCUACAGACACAUUUUAAGAAAGCCCAAGAAAAUCAGCAGAUUGGAAGGGUAGAAUUUCUUCCAGUUAACUGGCACAGUCCUUUGCAUUCUACUGGUGUGGAUGUAGAUCUGCAGCGAAUAACCCUGCCCAGCAUUAACCGCCUAAGGCACUUCACCAAUGACACAAUUCUGGAUGUCUUCUUCUACAAUAGCCCCACCUACUGUCAGACUAUUGUGGACACAGUUGCUUCUGAAAUGAAUCGAAUAUAUACACUUUUUCUCCAGAGGAACCCUGACUUCAAAGGGGGUGUAUCCAUUGCUGGUCAUAGUUUAGGUUCGCUUAUAUUGUUUGAUAUCCUAACAAAUCAGAAAGAUUCUUUGGGGGAUAUUGACAGUAAAAAGGAUUUUCCAAAUAUUUUCAUGGCUCAAGGAGACACACGGACACUAGAGGAAGAUUUGAAGAAACUUCAACUCUCUGAAUUCUUUAGUAUCUUUGAGAAGGAGAAAGUAGAUAAGGAAGCUCUGGCUUUAUGUACAGACAAAGAUCUUCAGGAAAUGGGCAUUCCCUUAGGACCAAGAAAGAAGAUAUUAAACUACUUUAGGACCAGAAAAAAUUCAAUGGGUAUUAAUAGACCAACCCCACCAUCAGCUUCAGGGGCAAAUAUGUCUAACAUCCCUAAAGAAGCAGAGUUCUGCAGUCGUACUGGUGAUACUGGAAAUGAUGACUAUCUGGACGUUGGCAUUGGGCAGGUGUCUAUAAAAUACCCCCGGCUCAUCUAUAAACCAGAAAUUUUCUUUGCCUUUGGAUCUCCCAUUGGAAUGUUCCUUACUGUCCGAGGACUGAAAAGAAUUGAUCCCAACUACAAAUUUCCAACAUGCAAAGGUUUCUUCAAUAUUUAUCACCCUUUUGAUCCUGUGGCCUAUAGGAUUGAACCAAUGGUGGUCCCAGACGUGGAAUUUGAGCCAAUGCUGAUCCCACAUCAUAAAGGCAGGAAGCGGAUGCACUUAGAACUGAGAGAGGGCUUGACCAGGAUGAGUAUGGACCUUAAGAACAACUUGUUAGGUUCACUGCGGAUGGCCUGGAAGUCUUUCACCAGAGCUCCAUCCCCUGCCUUACAAGCUUCAGAAACUGCGGAAGAAACGGAAGCAGAACCUGAAUCAAGUUCAGAGAGGCCUAGUGAUGUUAACACAGAAGAGACCUCUGUGGCAGCUAAGGAGGAAGUCCCACCCAUCAAUGUGGGAAUGCUGAAUGGGGGCCAACGCAUUGACUACGUGCUACAGGAGAAGCCCAUUGAAAGUUUUAAUGAAUAUUUAUUUGCUUUACAAAGCCAUCUGUGCUACUGGGAGUCUGAAGAUACCGUAUUGCUGGUCCUCAAAGAAAUCUACCAAACCCAGGGUAUCUUCCUUGAUCAGCCUUUACAGUAAAAAUGAACCAUCUAUGGCUGCUUAAUGUAACCUGAUGGAUCCUGAGAGCCAUCUGCACAUAUCAGAAGUCUGUAACAGGCAGGGAAGGGAGUACUGGAACCUGAGGGUGCUUGCUUGCCAAUCAGAUGCCGUAAUGUCACAUAAGAAAACUAAGGACUGAAUAAAUGACUUUGGCGACAUUCAUCUUUUCCUUUUUUCUUACGCAUUAAUGACUUUUUGAGGCUACCCAAGGACAAGUGAUUCUCUUCCUCCUCGCCCUUCACACAUAUGUGCCACAAGCACCUGAACUUGUCACUUAAGCAAUGGACUGACAAAAAAAGAACGGAAAUGGUUUUUGAAACACAGGUUACACCCAGCAUUUUAGGAGUGUAACAUAAGUGCAAAUUUUUAUUUUUUCCAACACAGGCAUAUAUUGAAAGAAGUGCUUGGGGAUAGGGCUGACAAAAUGACAAAAUAAAGAACAUACAUAGGAAAUAUUUGUACAAAUGCUGCUGGUAUUUCAUGCAGGAGUCUCUUCCUCAAAUUUGUACAUGAAAUCUGAGCUAUCAACUGUGAACACGCUCCCAUUUGCAGAAUUCUGCCUUUAAUCCAAGUCACAGAGGAUAAGAGACUAGGCUAUUUAUUUUCAAAACAGUAUAUAAAACAAUGCUUUUCUAGUUCAUAAAUUUAAAAAUAACUGUAAAAUAAGGAGAAUCUGAAGAGUUUCAAGUACUUAAAAAACCUGAAUUCAGUGAGGCAGAGAUCUCAAUGUUAAAGUGACUACUUCGUACCUGUGGUAAACAUCAUUCCCCUUCCUUCCCCUACUAUAACCCUAUUCUCCCUGUACCCAGCCCCAGAUAAAAGUUGGUAGAUUUCAGUAUAUACACAUUUCCAAGUUUUCAAUAUUUGUUAAUAUAUGGCAAAGCUGUCUAAUUAUAUCUAUUCCCUAGCCUAUCUGAAAAUGGGAGUUUGGUUUACUUUGUUUACAGAUAACCAGAGACCAAUUCUAGGUGGCUGUAGGCCAGAGGAAAUUGUUCCAAAUGAUCACCUCAUGUCUGCAGCAACUUGGACAACUUGGGGGUGGCUAGAUGCAUCCGAUUUGUAAAAAGUAAUUCCAGUCUAAUCUGCACCACCCAGCAAUAAAGCAGCCUCCCACUGUCGUCACACCUCAUGUAGAAGUACAUCAAAUGUAAGCUUCUCAAGUCGUUUUCUUAUCCUGUUGGGACAUGGCAUGUGACAGCACCUUGACUUUAAGAUGAAUGGUAAAGGAAGAGCUUUGUAUUUAAAAAUGAAAUGAAAGACAAGCAACAAAUCCUGGGUAGUCCAGAGAUUACAUUCUGUGUAGCCGGCUUAUCUAUGUUUCUAAACUGCAGGUCUGGGUUUGACCCUGAUUGGAACACAUUCCAUGCAGCAACCUACUCAAAAAGGAAACUCUGCUUCAUGAACCAGGAAAAGCAAGCUGUCCAAGAGCUCGCCCUGUCUGAGAGCCCUU